CCUGCCUCCCCUCACUUCCAUCUGGGAUGGCCAUUUAAACCAGCGCUGGGCUGGGACUGGGCUAGAGGAGGCUGAGCACCGCAGACUGGGACGAGCUGGGGAACGGGGGCCACCAAGCAGGAGACAGCUGGACCACAUCUGGGCUCACAGCCGGGACUCGGGGACCCAACGCCAAGGAGAUGUCAACUCUACUUGACAACAGGAUGAGGACCCUGCAGACAGUUUCCAACAUGGACGGUUCCUGUACCCCGUCGCCCCCGAGCUCGCCGAGUCUCCACAACGAGAGCUGCAACAUCGCCCCGCUCACCCCAGACCAGUCCCCGAGGAGCGAGCACCGGAUGGUCAGGAGCUCCAGCUUUUCCGUGGUGGUGGCCAUCGACUUCGGGACGACGUCCAGCGGCUACGCCUUUAGCUUCUCCAAGGACCCCGAAGCCAUUCACAUGAUGAGGAAGUGGGAAGGGGGCGACCCUGGAGUCGCCAACCAGAAAACCCCCACAAGUCUUCUUCUGACCCCAGACAAGGGUUUCCACAGCUUUGGAUACACGGCCAGGGACUUCUACCACGACCUGGACCCCGAGGAGGCCAGAGAGUGGCUCUACUUUGAGAAGUUUAAGAUGAGAAUCCACAGCACCAGCGACCUGACCAUGAUGACAGAGCUGGAGGCAGUGAACGGCAAGAAGGUCCAGGCUGUGGUUGUGUUCGCGCAUGCUCUCAGGUUUUUCAAGGAGCACGCCGUGAAGGAACUGAGGGACCAGUGCCCGUCUCUGGACCCGAGCGAGUCCAUCCGGUGGGUCAUCACGGUGCCCGCUAUCUGGAAGCAGCCUGCCAAGCAGUUUAUGAGGGAGGCCUCCUACCUGGCUGGACUGGUGUCUCCAGAGAACCCCGAGCAGCUGCUGAUCGCCCUGGAGCCCGAAGCGGCCUCCAUUUACUGCCGCAAACUGCGCCUCCACCAGCUCAUCGACCUCAGCUCCAAGGCCUUCUACAACGGAUUCCACGCCGAGCGGAGCAUCGACUCCAGCUUCAGGCAAGCGAGGGAGCAGCUCCGCAGAUCGCGACACAGCCGGACCUUCCUCGUGGAGACCGGGAUGGGGGAGUUGUGGUCAGAAAUGCAGGCAGGUGACCGUUACAUCGUGGUGGAUUGCGGAGGAGGGACGGUGGAUCUCACAGUCCAUCAGAUCGAGCAGUCACAAGGAACGCUGAAAGAGCUGUACAAAGCGUCAGGUGGUCCGUACGGAGCGGUGGGAGUGGACCUUGCCUUUGAGAAGAUGCUAUGCCAGAUUUUCAGCGAAGACUUCAUCCAGACAUUUAAAGUCAAGCGCCCCGCAGCCUGGGUCGACUUGAUGAUCGCUUUUGAAGCUCGGAAGAGGACGGCAGCUCCACAGAGGUCCAACCAUCUGAACAUCUCCUUGCCCUUCUCCUUCAUCGACUUCUACAAGAAGAACAAGGGGCAGAACGUGGAGACGGCCCUUAGAAAGAGCGGCGUGAACUUUGUGAAGUGGUCGUCGCAGGGCAUGUUACGAAUGUCCUCAGAGGCCAUGAACGAGCUGUUUCAACCAACCAUCCAGCAGAUCGUCCAGCACAUAGGUGACCUCAUGAAGAAACCGGACGUUAAGGGUAUCAAGUACCUCUUCCUAGUGGGAGGUUUCGCCGAGUCACCAAUGCUUCAGAACGCCGUCCAGACGGCUUUCAGCGACGUCUGCAGGGUCAUCAUCCCCCAGGACGUUGGCCUCACCAUACUGAAGGGCGCCGUCCUCUUCGGACUCGACCCGACCAUCGUCAGAGUCAGGCGCUCCCCUCUGACCUAUGGAGUCGGGGUACUCAAUAAGUUUGUGGAAGGCAAACACCCAAAGGAAAAACUCUUGGUGAAAGAGGGGAAGAACUGGUGCACCGACAUCUUCGACAAGUUUGUUUCGGUUGACCAAUCUGUGGCCCUCGGAGACAUAGUGCAGAGGAGCUACUGCCCGGCGCGGCUGGGACAGCGCAAGAUCAUCAUCAAUAUCUACUGCUCUUCCGCCGAUGACGUGGUUUAUAUCACCGAUCCGGGCGUCAGGAAGUGCGGAACCAUAAAUCUGGAACUGCCAGACGUCGAUGAGUCCGACGCGAAGAUCAGCCGCCGGGAGAUCAAAGCCAGCAUGCAGUUCGGCGACACGGAGAUCAAAGUGGCAGCCAUGGAUGUCAAGACUUCAAAAACAGUCCGGGCCGCCAUCGAUUUCCUCUCUAAUUGAAUUUAAACAUUUCGGUCCUCGGCUUCUGGCCUAAAUCAUUACUUAAACCCGGAGAUGCGCCGCGUUCAGGGGCCCUCUGGGACAACGGACCGCCAAGUCUCAUGUAUGGACGGAAUCGUGGAGCGAAGUCUUCUCCGUACGGAGAAUUGGAAUGAUCUGCGCCAACUUCUCGGUCUUCUAAACCGGAACCCAAUUAGUGGCCAAGAAGGACAGACAAACCCAGAUCCCAUUGGCUCAGCAGGUCCUCGAGACCCCUCAUUCAUCUCAGGUGUUACAUACGCGGACCCCGGUAAACCCUCUUAGUACUUUGUUCCUAUAGGGGGUGCCACAGGUUAUAGGGGGCCCUGCAGUGCUUUGUGUCGCCGCUCUCUCACACGUGGGGGGCCCAGCGCUCAUUGGUAGGACUGGGAUUUGGGGGUUCGUAACUGGAAGUAGAAGAUAUGCUGAUCCCCUAAAGUGUUAAUAUUUGAAGUAUAUGUUUGAAUGUUUCGAUUUUCCCGCGUCCGCCCUGAGAAUUCAAAUAAAAUCCCCGUAACUAAUAACUCAUCGCUCCCGUGCUUUUCCCGACAAAUUCAAAGAAAAUGUUCGAAAAACAACAACAAAAAAAGACUGAAAUUUUAUUUUUGUAUUUUUUAAAGCAUUUCUGUAUUUACUGCGUAAAAAAAAUAAACUGUAAGCUCUU